AUAUACACACACGGUCACCAGGUAAGCAGGUUAGCAGGUAGGUUGGCAGUGAACGUAACGCACUACACCGCUUCGUCGCCUCAGGUUAUCAGAGGCAACGGAGCGGCGACGAGACGAGAGCCGCGGCAGCUUCCCUAGUGUGCGGCGCUCAUUCGUCAGAUGUGCAGCGUGAUACGUAGGUGAGGCGCGCUCCUCUAGGACUACACGAGGCCACACCACGGACAUGGCUUUAUUGGGUGAACAUAUGCUGGCUGCCUCGAGUCCUGCCCCAACGCCACCACCACCACCACCGCCUAUCACCUCCCCGCCUCGCCUCUCCAGGAAGCGACGGAUGAACUUCUUCGACAUCGCCAACCUGCUGGACUCUGACGGCAACCUGCAGAACGAGAUGAUGGUGUUCGCCUUCGCCGCCACCAUGCUCUCCACCAUCCCCAUCCUCCUGGGCAACGAGUUUGACAUCAACGUGGGACUCAAGAGGAAGAAGAGGGACGCUGAGCCGUACCAAGAUGAAGUACAGACUGCGAGUUUUCCUCAAGAUAGUUUCCCUUCAAGACUCGCUCACAGCAGGAAGAGCGAGGCAGAACCAGAUAAAGAUGCAAAUGAAGCACAGAGCGUAAGUUUCCAUGACAGAUUCAUUGAGUUUCUUGACAAGACACUCACGCCGUCUGUGGAAGAUGCAUACUCGUCCCACGGCAGAGACAAGCCAGUCGAAAAGGAGACUCGAGUAUGGCCUGCAGAAGAACCAAAGGACACGUGGCUCAACAAACUCCUCGAUUAUUUCCUUCGAUAGUCUCAAGUAGUGGUGAUGAAAACUGUCGCUACUUAACAAUGUAAUUUUACUGGCGUAUGAGCACAACAGUAACCCAAAUGGGGGGAUUGUGGAAAUAACUCGGACUACUAACACCUUGACACUAUUUCUCGGCAAAAUAUGAUGCUUAAGUCGUGAUCUACAUAAUGAAAGGAUCAGCAGUGAAAUUAAUUAACUGAAUCGAUUUAAACCUAACCUAACCCUCAGGUGAAAACGCGAUGUUAAUUCAAUACUAUCUCCUAAGUCAUGUCCACAGGUUUCUUCUUUGUAUCUACGAGACGUGGAGAAAGUUGGUGCCAGAAAUGAUGUAUUGUUGUUAGGGAAGGUGUUGCCAGGCGCGGGUCACUGCUCCCAUGACCCUUGAUGGAAAAUGUGCUCUCUCUCUCUCUCUCUCUCUCUCUCUUCGGGACAGCGUACAUAAUAGGCCGCACGUAAGGGAGGUGUGAUGGCUAGAGGCGGGGAGCAUCCUAGGCAGGGGCGGUGGGGGAACAAGAUAUUGACUGGUGCAAGGGACGCCCCCACCAUCUCCCUCCGCGGGGAUGAUAUGGUGAGUGGUGAUGGCUGGUGCUCAUGCCCGCCUCUCGUAUCCACAACAAGCGAGGUAAACAACACACACACACACACACAAACACACACACACACACACACACACAUUGUUCCGCUUCGAAGAUGUGUGUGUGUGUGUGUGUGUGAUGUAGAACUUCAUAGCUCGUUUUAUUGAUAGCUGCUAUACACACACACACACACACAUGGUAAUCUUUGUAAAUUUUGAAGUUUUACAUACACGUAUUAAUGAGUUACAGAACAAAACUAUGAAAAUUGGUUUAGUUAUCUGCAGUUUGUUUUUGUUUAUUUUUCGUAAUGAUGUACAUGCUUCGCUUCAUAACUAUGGCUUCAAUGUUUCGUUGUUUCAUUAUUCAAUGUGUUACUGCUUCGCUUUAGGCUUUAUUUAGUUAUUUUACCUUGCUUGUGUUUGGUAAUGUUUUAUACCAUUGUUAUUCACCUAGUUACCAUUUUAUUAGUUUAUUAUCACUAUUAUUUUGUUUUCCGCGCGUUCUGAACAUUGCAGUUACUCGUGAUGAACCAUUGAUCCCUCCCACUCCACUGUCUAUCUGUCAUUCACUUGUUCAGGUUGUUAUAAUAAAAUUCUUGUCAUACUUGGCUGA